GUAGCUGCCUCAGUCCUGCUCUACAUAUACCAAUGCGAACUCAUCUACCCAAGAACAUUCCCUGAAGGAUCUCGUACAGAUGUUGCAAAACCAUCUGACUUUGACAUGAAAUAUACUGACGAGACCCUGAUUACAAAAGACAACGUUAAACUCCACACCUACAUCAUAAUUCUCGAGAAUGAAGAAGAAGCAAAGGCUGCACCUACAAUCUUGUAUUUCCAUGCCAAUGCAGGCAACAUGGGCCAUCGCCUACCUAUUGCUAAAGUACUUUAUCAAAAACAUCGUUGUAAUGUAGUUAUGCUUUCUUACAGAGGUUAUGGACAUAGUGAAGGAAAACCUAAUGAAAAAGGGUUACGUAUUGAUUCUCAGACACUGUUGGAUUAUGUAAAGUCCCACCCUAUUCUACGUCACACUCGCUUGGUUGCCUAUGGACAAUCGAUUGGUGGUGCAGUUGCUAUUGACCUUGUAGCCCGUAAUGAAGAUGCAUUUUCGGGUUUGAUGAUCGAGAAUACUUUUCUUAGUUUGCCCAAGUUGAUCCCUUCCGUGAUGCCGAUGUUACGCUAUGUUACCUUUCUUUGCCACCAACAGUGGCCAUCGGAAUCCAGUAUCCGGCACAUUGUAAAAACCCCGUUGUUGUUUCUGGCUGGUGAAAAGGAUGAGCUGAUUCCACCUAGCCAUAUGGUCGCUCUGCAUGAUUUGAGCGAGACUCGCGCCUCAAAGGACUUUUGCAAGUUUAGUCAAGGGAUGCACAACGACACUUGCAUGCAGCCUGGGUAUUUCAGUGCUAUUCGGGAAUAUCUU